AUGAGGCUUCCUAAACCACUGCUAUGGGCCGCUUUACUCAUCCACAAGGUCGUUGCAGAAUAUGGCAUGGCUCACAUCAGUGACAAGGAUAAAAGCAAAGGAAAAGAUUACUGCAUUUUCUUUAACUCCCAGUGGGCACGACUUCCGCAGGACCUCAACAAAGCUUCGCGCCUGCAGAUCUAUGACCUGACGAGCUCCGUGCUGUGCUCAGCCUCUGAGGUGCCAGAGGGGGGCUUCCCAAACUGUAUCCCCAUGGUGCUGAGGGGAAACUGCACCUUCUAUGAAAAGGUCAGACUGGCUCAGAUCAAUGGAGCCAAGGGUCUGCUCAUCGCCAGCAAAGAGAGACUGACACCGCCAGCGGGGAAUAGAACUCAAUAUGAAGAGAUCGACAUCCCUGUUGCACUGCUCAGUUAUGCAGACAUGCUGGAUAUAAGCAGCAGUUUUGGAAAAGGGCAGCUGGUGGCUAUGUAUGCUCCCAACGAGCCUGUGCUGGACUACAACAUGGUCAUUAUCUUUUUAAUGGCAGUUGGGACUGUGGCCAUCGGUGGAUACUGGGCCGGCAGCAGAGACAAUAAGAAACGUUACAUGAAGCACAAGCGAGACGAUGGCGCAGACAAACAGGCAGAGGACAUGGUGGACGUCACUCCCAUUAUGAUCUGUGUGUUUGUGGUCAUGUGCUGCAGCAUGCUGGUGUUGCUCUACUUCUACUACGACUACCUCGCGUUUUGGGUGAUUGCCGUCUUCUGCCUGGCAUCCUCUGUGGGGCUCUACAGCUGCCUCUGGCCCUUCAUACGCAGACUACCUUUUUGUAAAUGCAGGAUCCCGGAGAACAACCUGCCGUACUUGCACAAGCGGCCUCAGAUCCGGAUGCUGCUGCUGUCGGCCUUCUGCGUCGCAGUCAGCCUCACGUGGAUGGUUUUCCGCAACGAGGACCAGUGGGCCUGGGUGUUACAAGACACACUGGGAAUCACCUUCUGCCUCUACAUGCUCAAAACAGUGCGACUCUCUACAUUUAAGGCCUGCACGAUACUGCUGUCAGUACUGUUUGUCUACGACGUCUUCUUUGUUUUCAUCACACCAUUCUUCACAAAGAGCGGCGAGAGCAUCAUGGUGGAGGUGGCAGCUGGUCCGUCAGACUCGUUCACACAUGAAAAGCUGCCCAUGGUGCUCAAAGUGCCACGGCUAAACUUCUCUCCUCUGGCUCUCUGUGACCGGCCCUUCUCUCUGCUGGGAUUUGGGGACGUCUUAGUACCAGGUCUGCUGGUGGCCUACUGUCACAGGUUCGACAUCUUAAUGCAAACCUCCAGGAUCUACUUUGUGGCGUGUACCAUCGCCUACGGCGUGGGGCUCCUCAUCACCUUCGUGGCCCUGGCCCUCAUGCAGAUGGGGCAGCCCGCUCUGCUCUACCUGGUGCCUUGUACUCUGCUCACCAGCCUCACUGUGGCGCUGUGGCGCAAGGAGCUGCCACAGUUCUGGACAGGAAAUGGAUUUGUGCCCGCCAUAGCACUGGCCCCCAUUACCUGCACUCAGACCGCAGUGGCCGCAGCAGCAGAGACCGAGGCUUCCACCAGUCCUCACGAGAACACUCACGCGGACCACCCCUCACCCACACAGGAGGACCCCGCGAACACCACAGAGCAGCUGCCAGAGAACCAGAGCAAAUCCAACUAA